AUGACCAGACCGAGCCCAACUCACUUCCUAUGUUUACCUCUGAUUAACUCUUUAUCGCGAACACAGCUCGAUGUAUCCCUCGGUAGACUACGCGAUGCAGCUGCGGCCCUUCGUGUACCUGGAAAUGCGUUCCGUCCGAUUGGAACGUUACAUCUGACCCUUGGGGUGAUGGACCACAAGGAGGGAUCCAGAUUGGAUGAAGCGAUUCGCCUCCUGAACGGACCAGAAAUAGCUCAGACUAUAAGAGAUAUGAUAAGCAGAGAAUCUCGACUCACUUGCAACCUCAAAUCAUUGAGCACCAUGCGAUCACCUUCCAGAACGUCUGUAGUGUACAUACACCCAGAGGACCCAACUUCACGCCUGUUAUCACUUUGUCAGCGCUUCCAGGAGAUCUUCAUAUCUUCAGGGCUUAUCAUCCCAGAGAACCGACCAUUAAGACUACAUGCGACAGUCAUCAAUACACGCUACGUAUCGAAAGGGGAUUUCCCUCUCAAAAUCGAUGCAACAUCGAUGGUCAGACAAUUCAAAGAAGAGAUAUGGGCUGAGAAUGUCGCUCUAGAGAGGCUGGCGAUAUGCAAGAUGGGUGCAGAUAAGAUGCUAGACCCCACAGGAGCGGUCAUCGAUGAACAGUAUCGGGAAGUAGCGUAUGUAAAUUUUGCAUGA